AUGCCUCUCAGACUCGAAAUCAAGCGAAAGCUUGCGCAGAGAUCAAGAAGAGUGAAAUGUGUGGAUCUACAUCCAACGGAACCAUGGAUUCUGGCAAGUUUAUACUCUGGAAAUGUCUGCAUCUGGAAUUACCAAUCUCAGACCAUGGCCAAAUCCUUCGAGGUCACUGAGUUACCAGUUAGAUCAGCCAAGUUUGUGGCACGCAAAUAG